AUGGCGAGCAGCCGCAGGCGCCGCGGGGGGGAAGAUGGCCGUUCAAAGAAGAAAGCCAAAAGGCACAGAACUCCUCCCCCAGGGGGCCCCCCGGGGGGCCCCUCCAGCACCUCAUUGGGGGCCCCGCCAAAGGGUUCUGCAUCUGGGGGCUCUCCGGGGGCCCCUGGGGGCCCCCAGGGGAAGGGCGGGUCAGGGGCCCCCGCUCCCGGGGCCCCCGGGGGCCCCCCCUCGGCGGCCCCCCGGGGGGCCCCCGAAGCCAGAAGGGCCCCCAGGGGCCCCUCCGUCUCCUCUAGAAGCUCAGGGUCUCGCUCAGUGAGCCCUCAGCCUCAAGAAAGGGCCUCGGAGAGUGAUGCCUUUUGGGCCAAACAAGCUUCUGCGUGGGUCAGCAGCAAAACUUCAGAACAGGGCCCCACAGCCCUCAUGGCCCUCAUAGCCACCCAAGCAGCAGUGCAGAUGGCAGCAACAGCGGACAGCAGCAGGCCGGGGGGCCCUCAGGGGCCCCGGGGGCCCCUCCACCCUCCCGGGGGGCCCCUGGGGGCCCCCCCGCAGUACCCGGGCGGCCCCAAGGGGGGGCCCCCCCACCCCUACCAGGGGCCCCUCCCCAUGCACUCCCCCAUGGGCGUGCCCCCUCCCCCCAUGGGGCCCCCCAUGGGGCCGGGGCCCCUCGGGGGGCCCCCCAUGGGGGCCCCCGGCAUGGGGGGCCCCGGCAUGGGUGCCCCCGGCAUGGGGGUCCCCGGCAUGGGGCCCCCGCCACCCCCGGGGAGCUUCCAGGGGGGCCCCCCUUCCUUCUUGGCGGGGAUCUCUUCGGGGUUCUUGCCAAAUGCUGCUGCUGCUCCUGCUGCUGGAGGUGCAGCAGCAGCAGCAGCAGCAACAGAUGGAGCCAAUGCGCACACAGGAACAGCAUCGGCAGCAGCAGCAGCAGCAGCAGCAGCAACAGUCAGCGGCGACUCUGGGGGCCCCCGGGGCCCCAAAGCUAUACCCCAGUGGCUCCGAGAUGUUGUUAAAGAAGCAAAUACAAAGAAGGCAAAUAAAGAGGGGAAAGAAGGAGACGAAAAGGAAGAAGGUGGCCAACUGCUAACUCCCUCUUCCCACGGGGCCAAUUCCCCUCGCGAGGCUUCUCCAGGGGCAGUAGUGGGUACUCCUGAGGGGGCCCCCCAGGGGGCCCCCGGGGGGGCCCCUCCUGUAGGGGGCGCCCCAGGGGCCCCCCAAGGGGCCCCCGCGGGCCCCCUGGGAAAGCCCCCGGGGGGGGCCCCCGGGGGGCCCCCGGGGGGCCCCCAGGGGUCCCCUUUGCCCCCUUUGGUGGAGCAAAUAAAAGAAGUUGUGACAGAAAUUUUGACAACAGUGACAGAUGAGAUAUUUAGAGAAGCAGCAAGAGAAGCAAUUAGCAAUUAUAGAAGAAAGCAAAGAAUGGCAGGAAGAACCACAAUUGGCUUGAAGCUGCAGGGCUCGCAGGACCAGCAGCAGCAGCAGCAGCAGCAGCAGCAGCAGCAGCAGCAGCAGCCGCAGGGUCUUGGGGAAGCCAGGAGGGAAGACCAGGAAAAAAUGAAAGGAGUUCUCAACUGCGAAACUUUGACAGUGGGGGCUUAUCGCUGCCCGCCCACAGCGACGCCUCCGCCUGCGGGUCUUUUCAGCGUAACCAUUUUCGAAGAUGGACAAGAGUUUGCUCGCGUGCCUUUCACAGGGACACAUUUGCUGUUUGGCAGCAGCAACAAACUCGCUAACAUCAUAGACAACCACAAUAGCGUGGCGGGGCAGCAGUGCGCAGUUUACUUUUCCACGCGGCAGCUGCAUCAGCAAGGAGGAUGUUUCUUUUUGGUUCCCCUGGGGGGCUCAACUCGUUUGCUGCUGAACAAAAGUGUGCCAUUUUUGCCGGAGUCGGUGAAGGCUGCUGCUGCUGCUGCUGCAGCAGCAGAGGCCAGCAGCAACAGCAGCAGCAGCAAACGCCGCAAAAGAAGCCGCCGCAGCACUGCUGCUUUUGCUGCUAAACAUAAAGACGAAUGGGCCCGCUGGGCCCCGCAGCAGCAAGAAGGAACCUUGCUGAAGCCUGGAGAUGAAAGGCUGGCUUUGAAUGAACAAAGAAGCUGCUUCAUCAUGGGAGAUUCUCGGAGAGUUUACUUUUUGGAUUUAAAAGACAUGAAUAAAAGGCUGCUGCAAAAUGCAGAAGGAGAAGCAAAAGAAGAUAAAAAGAAACACAAAAAACAUAGAAAAAAGCGCAGACACAGCCGCCACCACCGCCGCAGCAGGAGAAGCAGCAGCAGGGCCAACAGCAGGCGCAGCAGCAGAGCCAGCAGCAGACGCAGCAGCAGAGCCAGCAGCAGACGCAGCAGCAGAGCCAGCAGCAGACGCGGCUCGCCAGCAGCAAGCCCCCGCAGAAGCAUGAGCGUGGACCACCCAGAAGCAGCGGAGCCAGCAGCAGCAGCAGCAGCAGCAGAUGAGGCUAGCCGCAGCCCCUCGGCGUCCAGGCUGUCUAGGGCGAGCAGCAGACGCAGCAGCAGACGCAGCAGCAGACACAGCAGCAGACGCAGCAGCAGAGCCGGCAGCAGGAGCGAGGCUCACAGCGCCAGCCCUGCUGCUGCACCUUCUCGUGGCAGCAGCCCGAGCCAUCGCAGCCGCAGCAGCAGCCGCAGCAGAGGAAGAGACAGUGCCGCAGCAGCAGCAAGUGCCAAGGGCAGCCCCGCUGCAGCAAGCCGCAGCAACAGCCCCAGCUCAAUCAGCAGGAAGAGCCGCAGCAGCAGCAGCAACGGCAGCAGAAACGGCCGCCGCUCUGUAUCUGCCAUCAGCAGCAACGGCUGCCGCAGCAGGAGCCGCAGCAGCAGCGGGAGGAGCAGCAGCAGCAGGAAUGCAGCAGCAGAAAGCAACCCAGCAAGCCGCGCCUCCAGCAGAGCCAGCAGAGUCAGCAGUAAAGCUCUAAGUGUUGCUGCCAGCAAGGCUAGCAGCAGCACCAGCAGAGGCAGCAGCAGUAGAGGCAGCAGCAAAAGCCGAGAUGCUGCAGCAGCAAAGAGCCCGGCCAGCGGCGCCUCCAGCAGGGCCAGCAGCAACGCGCCCAGUGCUGCCGCUGCCAGCAGGGCCAGCCGCAGCAGCAGCAAAGGCAGCAGCAGACGCAGCAGGAGCCGCAGCCGCAGCAGCAGCAGACACUCAAGCAACAGAGAAGCCCCCAGCAGGAGCCCCAGCCGCAGCAGCAAGCACAGCGCGAGCCGCAGCCCGAGUGCAGCAGCAGCAGAAGCAGCAGCAACAAGCAGGAGCCCCAGCGGCAGCCGCAGCAGCAGCAGGGAGAGUGCUGCUGCCAGCAAACGGAGCCACGGCAGCAGGAGCCCCAGCGGGAGCGCUGGCCGCCGCAGCCGCAGUAGCAGACGCAGCAGCAGCAGCAGCAAACGCAGCAGCAGCAGCAGAAGCCGCAGCGGCAGCCCGCAGGCCAGUGCGAAGGGCAGCAGCAAGAGCCGCAGCAGCAGCCCAAAUGCCAGCGCAAAGGGCAGCAGCAGAAGCAGGAGCCCCAGCAGCAGAAGCGAAAGGAGUGAGGGCGGCAGCAGCAGGAGGAGCCGCAGCAGCAGCAAGAGGAGUAGCAGCAGCAAAAGCCGCGGCAGCAGCAGCAAAAAGAGCCCCAGCAACGCCAGCAAACGCAGCCGCAGCAGCAACAGCAGCAAACGCUCCAACAGCCCCAUGGCCACAGACCAGCCGGAUGGCAGCAGAAGCCCUGGCGGCGACAAGAGCCGCAGCAGCAGCCCCAGCAGCAUCAGCAGCAGGAGAGGCCGCAGCCGCAGCAGGAGCGGCAGCGGCAGCAAGAGGAGCCCCGGCGGCAGCGGGAGCGGCAGCAAAAGGUCCACAAGCAACAGCAGCAGCGAACGCAGCAGCGGCAGCAGAAGCCGCAGCGGCAGCAACGGCGCUGAAGGCAGCAGGCAGCACAGCCCCAGCGCUGCCCGCAGCAACAGCGGCAGCAGCAAGAGAAGCAGCAGCAGCAAAAGCCGCAACAGCAGCAAGAGUCGCAGCAGCAGCAAGGAGAGCGCUGCUGGCAGCAACAGAAGCCCCGGCGGCAGCCGCAGCAGAAGCAACAGCAAGAGCCCGGACCCCAAAGACAGCAGCAGCCGCAGCAACAGCAGAAGCCGCAGCCGCGGCCGCAGCAGGAGCCGCAGCGGCAGCGGCAGCAGAAGCCGCAGCGCCAGCCCCAGCAGCAGCAAACGAAGCCCCAGCCGCAACAGCAGCAAACGGAGCCCCAGCCACGGCAGCAGCAAGAGAAGCCGCAGCGGCAGCGUAGCAGCAAGCGGCAGCAGGAGCCCCAGCCGCAGCAGCAGCAAACGGAGCCCCAGCAACAGCAGCAGCAAACGAAGCCCCAGCAACAGCAGCAGCAAAAGGAGCCGAAGCCCAAGCGGCAACGUAGCAGCAAGCGGUAGCAGGAGCCCUAGCCGCAGCAGCAGCAAGAGGAGCCCCAGCCGUAGCAGCAGCAAGAGAAGCCCCAGCCGCAGCAGCAGCAGCAGCAAGGGCCGCGAAAGCAGCAGCAGGAGCCGCAGCAACAGCGCAGCAAAUGGCAAGCGAAGUGCCAGCGAGGGCGGCAGCCCCAAAAGAGAAGCAGGCAGCAACAGCACCAGCCGCAGCGGCAGCAACAGCAGCCGCAGAAGCAGAAGCGGCAGCAACCGCAACAGCCGCAGCAGCAGCGGCAGCAGAAGCCGCAGCGGCAGCCCCCAAGCCAACAGCAAGCCGGGCAGCGUGAAGGGCAGCAGCAGGAGCAGCAGCAGCAGCAGCAAGAGAAGCAGCAACAGGGGCCGAAGCAGAGAGAGAAGUGCGAGCGAGAGUCCAGCAGCAGCAGCAGCAGCGAGCAAGAGCCGCAGCAGCAGCCGCAACAGCAAGAGCAGCCGCAGCAGCAGCAGGGCCAGCGAAGGCAGCAGACGCAGCAGCAGCAGAGGCAGCAGAGGCUCCAGCAGGCGCAGCAGCUCCCCAGAAGCGACGGACAGGAAAGCAGCAGCAGCAGCAGCAGCAGCAGGGAAGAAGAGCAGCACGAAGAGUGAGGGCAGUGGAGGACGCGGCAGGGGCCGCAGCAGCAGCAGCCGCCGCCGCAGCAGCAGCAGCCGCCGCCGCAGCAGCAGCAGCAGCCCGGAAUCAAAGAGAGAAAGAAACAAAAAGGGAACUAAAGGAGCAAAAGAAAUAAAAAGAAAUUCCAAAGAAGCAAAAAAGGAUGCAAAUAAAGAAACAGCAAAAGAAGCAAAUAGAGACACAGGAGAAUUCAAAAAAAGAAAAGUCCCCACACCCGGAAAAAGCAAAAGACAGGCUUCCCCAGGGCCUGAUGCUGCUGCUGCUGCUGCUGCUGCUAAGAGCAGCAAGGGCAGCAGCAAGCAAGCAGCGGAAGAGCCGGAGAAGGGCGGCAAGAGACACAAGACCCCCAAAGACGCUCCUGCUGCUGCUGCUGCUGCUGCUGGGGCCAGCAGCAAGCAAGCAGCAGAAGGGCAAGAGAAGCAGCAAACAGCGAAGGAUGAAAAGGGAAGAAGCAGAAAAGAAAAGAGCAGCAAAACAAACGGCAAGGAGGCCUCUAAGGGGGGCGAAGACGCAGCAGCAAAGCAGCAGCAGCAGCAGGAGCAGCAGCAGGAGCCCAAUACCCGAGCGAAGCGCAGCAGGAAGGGACAGGAGCAGCCAGCGGAGAAGAGCAGCAGCAAAGAAAGAGAGACAGCAGCAGAUGCAAAAGAAGACAAAAAGAAAAGAAAAAUAGAGACAAAAGACAAGAAGCAAAAGGAAGCAGCAGCACAUAAAGAAGUAGCAAAAGACACAAAAGAACCAGCAGCAAAACGAAAACGCGCACGUUAA